UAAAAAAAAAAAAACCAUUGAGACCACUCUCAACAUAAAGAAAAAAAAACCCAGAAAAUCAAAGAGAAAAAGAAGACAAAAUUUUCUCACCAUGCUUUCCUGCAAACCAAGCAACCACUCAUCUUCAUCACCAUUCAACAAAUUCCCCAAAUCCUUUUCCACCAUUUUCCCAUCUGCAACAUCAGCUUUCACUACAUACGCUUCAAUAAGUGCUUCAUUAAUGCUUUUACGAUCCAUAUUCAACGAUCUCAUCCCAUACCCACUUCGAAAACACAUAUUCUCAGCUAUCAGUUCUUUAUUCUGUUUCUUCUCCGGCAAACAAACCAUCAUCAUCGACCAAUUCGACGGUAUCGAACCGAACCACGUGUUCAACGCUACCGAGCUUUAUUUAAGCACCAAAGUCAACCCAAAUACCAAAAGACUCAAAGUAAGCAAACGGAUCAAAGACAAAGGGUUAUCAUUUAAGCUUGAUAAAGGUCAAAGAAUCACAGAUUCCUUCAAUGGUGUCGAGCUUAAAUGGCGACAUGUUUGCUACGGAGUGGAGAUAAAAGGUAACGUUACUGAAAAACGAUACUUCAUACUAAGAUUCAAGAAAAAUAAUGGGGAUUUAGUGAUGAAUUCUUAUUUGCCAUUUGUGUUGAAAUCUGCUGAAAUGAUCGAAAAUGAAAUGAGGGUUUUGAAGAUACAUACAUUGGGGAAUGUUCGUUAUGGUUUUAAAUUCAAAUGGGAAUCGAUUAAGCUUGAACACCCAUCGACAUUUGAGACUUUAGCACUUGACCCAGAAUUGAAAACCAUGAUUAUUGAUGAUAUAAACAGGUUUAUUAGAAGGAAAGAGUUUUAUAAAAAAGUGGGUCGAUCAUGGAAGAGGGGUUAUUUGUUGUAUGGACCACCUGGGACUGGUAAAUCAAGCUUGGUUGCUGCUAUGGCUAAUUAUUUGAAGUUUGAUAUUUAUGAUUUGCAGCUUGAGAAUAUAAAAAGUGAUUCGGAUUUGAGGAGAUUGUUGCUUGAUAUCGGGAAUAGAUCGAUUCUUGUGAUUGAAGAUAUUGAUUGUACUGUUAAUUUGCCUGAUCGUGGACAUAGGCGUAAUGGUCAAGACAAACAGUUGACGCUUUCGGGGCUAUUGAACUUUGUCGACGGUCUAUGGUCGAGUUGCGGAGACGAGAGGAUCAUCGUGCUAACGACGAACCACAAGCAUAGGCUCGAUCCGGCUUUGUUACGUCCCGGAAGGAUGGACUUGCACAUUCACUUGUCAUAUUGCGGUAUGCGUGCUUUCACGGUUUUGGCUGCGAAUUACUUGGGGAUCAAAGGCGAGCACCGGCUUUUCGGGGAAAUCGAGGUGUUGUUGGGAGCUACCAAGGUCACCCCUGCACAAGUUGCUGAAGAGUUAAUGAAAGAUGAAGAUGUUGAUGUUGCGGUUGAAGGGUUUUUGAGUUUCCUAAAACAGAGGAAAAUGGAAGAGGACAAACUCGAGAAGGACGAGGCCUUGAAGAAAGCCGAGGUUAAAGAAUCUCGAGAACUGAAAAUCGAACACAAGUAUCUCAAGAAGGACGAAGCCUCGAAGAAAGCCGAGGUUAAAGAAUCCCAAGAAUGAAUUGAAAAUCGAACACAAAUAUCUCAAGAAAGACGAAGCAUCGAAGAAAUCCAAAAUUUAAAAAUAUCAAAAAUCAAACACUAAUAUGUCAAGAAAAACCAUACACCAUGUUUUUAUUAUGUUACUCAUUCAGCCUAAAUGAAUGACUAAUAUGUCUAUAUUAUACGUAA